AUGCCGAUCACGGCCCUCCCCCCAACCACCAUUCGGGCAAUUGGUGCAACAUCGGUCAUCUCUGACCCCUGCUCGGUUGUCAAAGAGCUUGUAGACAAUGCAUUGGAUGCCUCGGCUACAUCGAUAUUUGUUGAUAUCUCUGCAAAUACGGUCGACCUCAUUCAGGUGAAAGACAAUGGCCAUGGCAUACCUUCCAGUGACCAUUCUGUGGUUUGUAAACGUGCCUACACGAGCAAGAUCGAAACAGUCGAGGAUCUGAGAGAAGUCGGGGCCAAACACCUCGGCUUUAGAGGCGAGGCCUUGGCUAGUAUGGUUGAAGUUUCGGGUGGAGUGACCGUUAGUACUAGGGUAAAUUCAGAACUGGUGGGAUCCAGCAUCAAAUACGGAAAAGACGGUGUACCCUUUAGCACUCAGCGCGCAUCUCAUCCUGUUGGAACUUCUGUUCGGGUCGUGGACCUUUUCAAACACAUACCCGUUCGAAGACAGACCACACUCAGAAGCACAGUCAAAACACUAGGAAAAAUCAAGAAACUGAUACAAGCCUACGCCAUCGCUCAACCUCCAAAGAGGUUGUGUUUCAGGGUACUGAAGGCAAAAAAUGAGAAGAAUAAUUUCAUCUAUGCCCCAGGACCAGAUCCAACACUCAUGGAUGCAGCGAUCAAAAUUGUUGGCAAGGAUAUUGCUUCCAGUUGCAUCGUCAAGAAGUGGCCACCGGGAAACGUCGCAGUUCAAGAUGUGUCCUCAGAGCAGAAUUCUAAGUUCGUGCUGACCGCGGUCCUUCUCAACCCUGAAAAUGAUAUCGCUAAACUAAACAACGCUGGCCAAUAUAUCAGCGUGGAUGGUAGACCAUUGUCUUCAGCCAGAGGGCUUGGUCGCGACGUCACAAAAAUCUACAAAUCAUAUGUCCGGUCGGCUUGUUCUCGCAAGGGACUUGUCCCGACAAUCACGGAUCCGGUUCUUUGCUUGCAUGUCAAAAGCUUGGAAGAGCCGUACGAUGUCAAUAUUGAGCCAGCUAAAGAUGAUAUACUGUUUGAAGAUCGGGAGGAGUUUUUGUCCGUAUUAAAAGACUUUAUGGCGAAUGUAUAUGGAGACAACUUGGAAAUGGAGCAGAAAAGACCAAGCUCACCCAAGGGCAAGGAACCUACGCAAGAAGGCAGGUUCGACCUCCUCCUUGCACAGAAAAGUCCUCAACCCGUCCGACAAGCUAGGAGUCCUGAUGGCUCCCUAUCAUCGAUAUAUAUACCUGCUCGCUCAUCCACCAAUUCAUCAUCUGGUGCCAAUACGACCGGCAGUGUAUGCCAAUCUCCCGAGCAAAGCGAAACUCAUGUGGCCGUUGAAAGACCUACGGCACCAGGUUCGCACUCGAGGAAUUCGCAAUUUAUCAACCCUUGGUCAAUCACCAAAUUGAAUGUGCCAGUUCGCGAGAAUGGGACCAAAGGGACUGGAAGUGCAGUGGUGACUUUAUCUUCGAACCAUGGAACCCCUGAUGGAUUGUUGAGGACGCAAAGAAGCUCGCAAAGAAAACAGAAUGACCACAGUCGAAAAUCGUUUCUUCCAAGCCCAUCUUCGACCGACACAUCUCUUUCAAAUUCUUCUCCAAACCCACGAAUGUCAUUGCCACGAGUUCAGCAGUCGCACCUAACAGGCUCGCCGCAGGGACAGUCCUUACGCGCCUCCAGGGACCUUGAUCGAGAAAGGUACGGGAACGGUGCUCUAGAUACCAUCUUUUCAAGGACAACGCAAGUUUCGCUCUCUCAAAACGCCGCGGAAGAAAAUCCAGAUGAGGCCCAAACAGAUCCAACCUUGAGCCGACUAGCGCAUGGUCGGUUUGGAUCCGGGGAUGCAUCGUCAUCGGGUUCGUUGGCAUCUGCGGGCGCAACGCAAGAUUCCCAAUGUAUCCCUAGUGCAAGAUCACACGCUUCCCCAGCACCGGAAGCAGAGCCUCCACGCUCUAGUCUGCUCGGUUCAUCCGCCGCACCAGCUGUAGUCACCGCUGGCAAGCGACGUGAACUUCCAGUACUUGAAAAGUGGUCGGCUAGAUUGCAUGAAUCUUCCAAAACAGACCAAAACUCAGAACUAGAAGAAGCACUUGAUUUCGAGAAUCGAAAAAGAGAGGCUAUUAAAAAGCACCGAGAGAGGAUCAGGGAUCGUGUGGAGCCAUCCACGCCUUCCAGUUCACCCCAUCUCAGCAGAUAUCUUGCUGCACGAGCAGCGCUUCAUUCGGAGCCCGCUACCGACGAGGGACGGAGUCGAUCUACAACCAGACCUGUCCUCAACCCGCAUGAUCCAAGGGCAUAUCUCAUGCGGCAUCAAAAUAUCUCUGGACAAAACGACAAAAGUCUACGACGGAAGACUACCCACAAAUUACCUUUGGAAAGAAUCCCAAAUGGAUGUGACUUGCAUGACAUUAGCUUGAUUCUACCUACCGAUCUCUCACUCAUAUCGACAAAGUCAAACGAAGCAAUUGCUUCUGACGUAUACGCUAGUACUGGCCAUGAUGCUCAAGCCUUUACCGACGAUCUUCAACCUGACAUAAUCGAGCUCUGGUCCCGUCGAUUGUCCGCUUUGAUCAAAACACAAUACCGGACUGAAAAUGAAUCUGAUAGUCUUGACCUGACAUUUGAUUUCUCUGCCUUGAAGGAACUUGUGAAGAAUAACGAUUAAUGACCAU